UGUGUGAUAGAAGGGACACACAGGUUUAGUGAUAGGCUCGUUGAGGGAAACACUGGCUGUCUGCAGCGUGGUUAGGUGUACGAUAUUCUUUGUUUCUGUAGCGCUGGAGGAAGAAGAAAUUCACAUCCUGUCUUCCUCUUAUCUGGAAAUCAGUCUAAUAUCAUCUGCUUCUCUGCUACUUUCCUAUUUUCUGUGCUAUCUGGACCUCAUUUCCAGAGGCUGGCCUCCCUGUAACACUUUCUCUCUGUAGAUUUUGCUCACUUUUUGCCGCAAUCAUGAUGGACGAUAGUGGCAUGACCACACUAGUGGCCAACUAUGCCUACAUCUCAGCCCGCGGGGGUAAUGAUGGAGCUCUUUCAGCCAACCGAGACAAGAAGUACCACGCCCGCCUCAAGCUGCCUCACAUCACAGUAUGUGAAGGCCUGCAGGAGACUUUAGACCUGGGCUUUCAAACAGUCUGUGUUGAGCAGCCCAUUGGCAAACGUCUCUUCCAGGAGUUCCUGGACACCAACAAUGAGUACAAAGGCCCCUGUCACCUGUGGAAAGAUAUUGAGGAAUACAACAUGGAUGAAGAUGAAAAUCGAGUCAACAAGGCGAGCAAGAUCAUUUCCCAGUACAUGGAGCCUGAUGCCGAGUAUUUUUGUCCUUUCCUUCCAGAAAAUGGCAUCACAAAGGUCAAAGAGAAACACCAAGAGGCUGGGGAUGAUCUUUUCAACGAGACCAUGGACAGCGUGAUGGACUUUCUCAAGGAAGUGCCCUACGCUUUCUUCCUGGAGAGCAUGUAUCUGAAAAGAUUUCUGCAGUGGAAGUGGUUGGAGAAGCAGCCCAUGAAAGAGGAUUGGUUUUUGGAUUUUCGUAUAUUGGGGAAAGGGGGUUUUGGGGAAGUGUCUGCCUGUCAGAUGAAGGCCACAGGGAAACUGUAUGCCUGCAAAAAGCUCAACAAGAAGAGGUUAAAGAAGAGAAAAGGUUAUGAGGGGGCGAUGGUGGAGAAAAGGAUCCUGGCACGAGUUCACAGCAGGUUCAUUGUCUCUUUGGCUUAUGCCUUCCAGACAAAAACAGAGUUGUGUCUCAUCAUGACCAUCAUGAACGGAGGAGACCUGAGGUAUCACAUUUAUAAUGUGGAUGAGGACAACCCGGGGUUUGAAGAGUCGCGGGCCUGUUACUAUGCUGCUCAGAUCAUCCAGGGCCUGGAGCACCUCCACCAGAAGAGGAUCAUCUACAGAGACCUUAAACCAGAGAAUGUGCUGCUGGAUAAUCAAGGUAAUGUCCGUAUCUCUGACCUUGGUCUGGCUGUGGAACUGGCUGAAGAUCAGUUUAAAAUCAAGGGCUACGCUGGGACUCCAGGUUUCAUGGCUCCGGAGCUGCUGAAAGGAGAAGAGUACGACUACUCUGUAGAUUAUUUCACUCUGGGCGUCACUCUGUAUGAGUUUAUGGCUGCUAAAGGACCCUUCAGGGCCAGAGGAGAGAAGGUGGAGAAAAAGGUGGUAAAGAAGCGAAUCCUGAAUGAUGCAGUGGUAUAUCCAGAGAACUUCAGUGAGAACGCCCGGUCCAUCUGCGAGGGUCUGCUGGCCAAAGAGGUCGACAAGAGGUUCGGCUUCAAGGAUGGAACAUGUGACGAGAUCAGGAUGCAUCCCUUCUUCAGCGAGAUCAACUGGAGGAAACUGAACGCAGGGAUCCUCACACCUCCUUUUGUGCCAGACCCUAGGAGAGUUUAUGCCAAGAGCAUUGGCGAUGUUGGGGCCUUCUCCACGGUUAAAGGCGUGCAGGUGGAAGAAAAGGACAGGAUGUUUUUUGAUGAGUUUGCCUCUGGGAACAUCUCUAUCCCCUGGCAGGAGGAGAUGAUCGAGAUGGGGAUCUACGGGGAGCUCACAGUCUGGGAAGCCAACGGCUCUUUGCCCAAUGACCUGCGACCUGACUACAUCCCGGAGCAGCCGCCCAAGUCCUCCACCUGCUCGGUGUCGUAAGAGACUAUGAUGCAGGGAUUAUUUUAUAUAAACUGUUUGCUUAUCAGGCAGUCACACUUUAUUUUUAAACACUUUUCAUACAUGAUUUCAGCACAGAUUAGAUGUGGAAUGAAUGUUAUUGAAGAUGAUAAAGUCACCAGCAGUGCAGCUUUAAUAGAUUUUACAUCCUAUGUAAGUAUUCACAGUUCAGUUAUUUUAUUUUUCCUUUCCUACUAUUCACGACAAACCCAGAAAGUGCAGAUCUCUGGUUUUAUAUGACUGCCAUUUGAGCUGACAGCUCGGUGACAUGACACAUGCAUAACUGUAAACACAAUAUAUAAUUGUUUUGCGGCCUCAGAAGUGUA